CUAUGGUCGGCCAUUAUAUCUAUCUAUGUUAUCCAUCGUCGGCCAUUUUAAAUGCGAAUAAAGUUGUAGUUGGGUGUAGUAUCGGCGUCCUUUCCUUUAUAGUCGUCGAAAUCAUGGGUGAAGUUCCAGCAAGAAACACCAGCAGAUGUACGAUUUGUUUGAAUGAAUCAAAAGUAGGUUCAGGUAGCAAACAGAUGAAUAAGAAGCUUAGAUUUUGCGUCCCAGAAAAAAAAUGGAGCAGUAAGGUGUUCAUAUGUAGUGUUUGCAUUUCGGAUAUGAAUGUUGCCUAUGGUUUCCGUAAACGAUGCUUAGAUUUUUCAGGAAAUGAAAACAGAGAAGCCUCCCUGCAAACAUUCUCACAUUCUUCUCAUUUAAAGCCUUUUAACUGCCCCAAAUGUUCAGAUACAUUUAGGUUUCAGUCGCAAUUGUUUAAACAUAAUCUUAUAUUACAUAAAACACCAUGUCCCUUUAAUUGCUUGUUUUGUAAGAGAUGUUUUAGGACUUAUUUGAGUAAAGUCCUUCAUGAGCAAAGACAUUUAUCUCGAUGGCAGUUUAAAUAUGCCAAUUAUUUGGAGCUUUGGCAAAAAUUGAACUUUCAGAUAAAAUAUAGGAAGAGCAUCGGUCAAAAUAUUCAAAGGAUAGUUCCUGUAGGUUGUUCUAAAGGAGAUGAUAUGCAACAGAUUAGAACAGAUAUUAAGGACCAGGUAGAUGUUGAUGAGCCGAUGGUACCUACUGAAUUAGAAAAGAUCAAAACCGAAGUGCAAACUGAAAACUUAGAAAUAAUUACGCAUACAACAGAAGCAAAAGUAAGGCGGAAAAGAAGUCGUAAGAAAGCUAUAAAUAAUUCGAAAACGUUUCAAUGCGUCAUAUGUAAGGCCCUUUUCUCCUCGAAAUCUUUGGUAGGAAGGCACGUUACAAACGUGCACACCGCCGAAAAGAAAUACAAAUGUGACCAUUGCGACCAGAAAUUCACGAGCAUGGUCUAUUUGAACAAUCACAAAUUGUAUCAUUCGAGGGAACGACCGUACAUUUGUUUAUUUUGUGGUAAAGGUUUCAUUACUGCCAGCGAUUUAUACCAUCAUGAAAAAAUACAUGCUAACAAAAGGGCGUACAAAUGUGAUGUUUGUCCAAAAGCUUUCAACAACUCUUCAGACUUGCACAAGCACCGCAUCUGCGUGCAUUUGGAUCGCAGCUUGUGGAAGUACGAAUGCGAGAUGUGCAGCAAAAGGUUCCCGUUAAAGUCCAACUUGGACACCCAUAUCAAAGUUCACACGGGAGAACGUAAUUUCGCCUGUCAUUUCUGCGAAAAAAAAUGCAUAAGUCAAUCGGCUCUCAGGAAACAUAUCGGAACACAUUCUACCGUUAAAAAAUUUACAUGCGUCGUCUGCGGACGUCAUUACAAAUAUGAAAAGUCAAUGAAAAUACAUUUGAAAAAGGCACACGAUUUGGGUAAUAUUAAGGUGCCUUUGCGUGAGAAAAAGUACUUUUGUCAUAUGUGUCCCAAGUCAUACUUUGCCAACAACAAGUUGCAAAUACAUAUAAGGACGCACACUGGCGAAAAACCUUAUUCGUGCGAAUUAUGCAAAAAAAGUUUUGUCGAUGGUUCGUACUUAAAACAUCACGUACGGGUAUUCCACAAUGUUUCUUGCGCCGAAUAAUUUUUAUGCAGAUAUUGUUGUGAUACUUGGAUUAAAAAAAAAAAUACAAAUACGAUUUCUGAUCUGU